UUGUACUGCAAGCCUCCUGCCUGUAGAGCAUCCACCUGGAUUCUUUGAAGUUACUGUCUGGGAGUUAGGGGUUCAGGACAACCCUGGCCAAUAUGCUGCUCAUGCUGCUUGCUGUGCCACGAUCACCAGUCCUUCAUCUCGCUCUCCUGUCUUCUGCCAGCAUCCACAAAACAGUAACGGAGUCAUUCAUUGGGUUGAAAAAUGUGUGGCAGAUUCCUGAGGCGACUGAUGGCUGAGGAGAGCUGGCACUCCACCCCUGUGGGGCGCCUCAUCCUUCCGGUGCUCCUGGGAUUCCGCCUCAUACUGCUGGCUACCAGUGGGACGGGGGUCUAUGGCGAUGAGCAGAGUGAAUUUGUGUGUCACACCCAGCAGCCAGGCUGCAAGGUUGCCUGCUACGAUGCCUUCCACCCCCUCUCCCCACUGCGUUUCUGGGCCUUCCAGGCCAUGUUGGUGGCUGUGCCCAGUGUCCUCUACAUGGGAUUCAUCAUUUAUCAUGGCAUCUGGCAUUGGGAAGACUCAAGAAAAGUGAAGAAGGAGGAGGAGACCCUGAUCAGACAAGGACAGGGCAGCACAAAUGUCUCAGGGGCUGAAAGCCCCAAGCUGCUCUGGGCCUAUGUAGCACAGCUGGGGGUGCGACUGGUCCUUGAGGGGGCAGCCUUGGGAGGGCAGUACCAUCUGUAUGGGUUCAAGAUGCCCAGCUCCUUUUCAUGUCGUCGAGAGCCUUGCCUAGGUAGUAUAACCUGCCACGUGCCCCGCCCCUCUGAGAAGACCAUCUUCCUAAAGACCAUGUUUGGGCUCAGUGGGCUCUGUCUCUUCUUUACUCUUUUGGAGCUGGUGCUCCUGGGCCUGCGGAGAUGGUGGCAGAUCUGGAAGCAAAAAUCUUCCUCUUCUAACUACCUCACAACUUCAGAGACCACCAGAAAACACAAGGAACCAAACGAUAACGUCCCAGUGGUGGAAUCAAAAGAACAGUUCCGAGUAGCAGAGUUAUAAAAACACCUGGCUCCACUCUGAAGGAUACCCCAUGACUGGAUCUUCUCCCCAACAUCCAGUGAGUGGGGCUACAUCUCCGUGACAAGUUAGAGGCUGUUGCCACGCUGCCUAAAGCAUUUCCUUGAAGGACUCCUGCUUGUGCCUUCUUCCCAGAAUUUUCUGGUGUCAGCAUCACAAUUUUCAUGGACUUUGUUUGAAUAAGCCAGCAGAAACAUCCAUAAAAUCAAGCCUCACCCUUGUCCUGUGCAAUAAAGGUUGACUACUAUUGGUGGCAUUCUUGUUACUAAAGACAA